CGGUGUAUAAAUAACACCACUGGCUGCAUCUGGACUUGAGGAGAAUCUGACGAAGAGCAAAGAUGCGCACCGUUGAGCUGUUCUGCGUGGCUUUCUUGUGCCUCUGCCCGAUGGCCUGGGCCUCCUCCAGCCGUGAGCCGUGCCGAUCACCAUCUAAGAUCAGCGGCAUGCUCUGUGUGAGUUCCACCAAGGAUGAUACGAUCGCGUGGGGGGAUUUCAAGUACGAUGCCACUCAUAAGCACCUUCGCUUUGUGGAGGACAGCAGCAAAUCAAACAAAACCUCUCAUCUGGAUGUGCUUAUACACUUCGAUGAGGGUGUGAUGUAUGAGUUGGACAGCAAGAACGAGAGCUGUAAGAAGCAGUCCCUGCCGUCUCACAAGCACCCGAUGGAGGUGCCGGCCGACGCCACACACGUGGACGAGCUGUACAUGGGAAGCCCUGAUAAGUCUGAGCAGGGCCUCAGGGUACGCAUGUGGUCCGGGAAUAUCUCUGACCAUGACGCCCAUCACUCACAGGCAGCCCACUACUCAAUCAUGACUACUUCCUGCGGGUGCAUCACCGUCUCCUGCACCUACCACAGUGAGAAGAAUGACCUCAUCUUCAGUUUCUUCAACGUAGAGACGGAGAUUGACGACAUGCAAGUGUUUAACCCUCCUGAUUACUGUGAAAGCAUGGCUAUAGAGGAGGCGUCUGAUGAUCAUAGCUUCUUUGACCUGUUCCAUGACUGAAUCAACGAAUCGAUCAACACACAGGAUUACGGCAUAACACGAAUUUAAAAAAAAACCUUCAAAAAACUGUAUCCACUUUUUCUCUUUCUUCUAAACAAAUCUGACACUCUCUAGUAUGAUCACCAUCUCUGUUCUGAGUAACAGUACUGUUUUGUCCUUUUUGUGACUGUUCCUUUGUUUCUCAUGAAGUCAAUAAAUGCUGAGUAAUUCAUA